AUGCCUUCAAAGGUGUCAUGUCUGUACAUCUUGACGGUGGUGUGCUGGGCCAGCGCUCUGUGGUACCUGAGCAUCUCCAGGUCCACGUCGACGUACGUGGGCCACAUGACGGCCACCGUGCGAAAGACCAAGACGGCGCCCAAGCCGCCGGCGCCGCCCAAGAACGGCACGUUCGGCAACAUCCGCACCAGGCCGCUGAACCCGCACGCCUUCGACUUUGUCAUCAACGAGCCCAAGAAGUGCGAGCCGCAGACGCCCUUCCUGGUCAUCCUCAUCAGCACCACGCACAAGGAGUUUGACGCGCGGCAGGCCAUCCGCGAGACCUGGGGCGACGAGAGCACCUUCUCCGACAUACGCAUCGUCACGCUCUUCCUGCUCGGCCGCAACACGGACAGCGUGCUCAACCAGAUGGUGGAGCAGGAGAGCCAGAUCUUCCACGACAUCGUGGUGGAGGACUUUGUGGACUCCUACCACAACCUGACGCUCAAGACCCUCAUGGGCAUGCGCUGGGUGGCCACCUUCUGCUCCAAGGCCAAGUACGUCAUGAAGACGGACAGCGACAUCUUUGUCAACAUGGACAACUUGAUUUACCGCUUGCUGAAGCCGGCCACCAAGCCACGACGCAGGUACUUCACGGGGUACGUCAUCAACGGCGGGCCCAUACGGGACAUGCGCAGCAAGUGGUACAUGCCCAGGGACCUGUACCCGGAGAGCAAGUACCCGCCCUUCUGCUCGGGGACUGGGUACAUCUUCUCGGCGGACGUGGCGGAGGCUAUCUACAAGACGUCGCUGCACACACGGCUGCUGCACCUGGAGGACGUGUACGUGGGCGUGUGUCUGCGCAAGCUGGGCAUCCACCCCUUCCAGAACAGCGGCUUCAACCACUGGAAGAUGGCCUACAGCCUGUGCCGCUACCGCAGGGUCAUCACCGUGCACCAGAUCUCGCCCGAGGAGAUGCACCGCAUCUGGAAUGACAUGUCCAGUAAGAAACAUCUAAAGUGUUAG